AUGUCCGUCAUUCAAAUUCACCCUUCGGUCGACGUUAUUUGGUGGACGGAUACCGACCUUCAUAUCAGGUGUCCUUACUGCGAAGAGCUUCAUCGCCAUGGGUUCGUUUCCUACAAAAGUGCGCUUCGUGUGCCGCACUGUGGCAUGCCUCGGCCGUCAUAUCGGUUUGAAUUCCCUAAUGCCUACGAGAUCGAUAAGACUAGAGCACGUUUUAUCAACAUCAACACCCCUGAAGAUUUGGAGAGUGAGGCUGAGAAUAGGUCUGAAGAUGAGACAUCUUUGUCGGGUGGAAUUUCCAACAUGAAUUUAUCUGAAACACCAAACGGUCCUCACCAAAGUGAGGUCACCUUCGCUGAUUCUACGGAGGAAAUCACCUUCCAACUUGAUGGUGAAGAGCCUUUUAAUGAGCGGCGCAUCCUCUUCGCUAUAUCAGACUGUGUCUAUGGCAAAGUAUCCAGUGUGAGAAACUACCUAGAACAAACAUCGGAAAAAUCGAUAUUUCUUCACGGGAAAGAUCACAACGGAGAUACUUGCCUCAUCAUGGCUUCUCGAGGGGAAAACCCGAUCAUGGUUUCUCUUCUCCUCGAUUAUGGCGCUGAAAUAAACGCGGCGAACAAGAACGGAAGGACCGCACUCAUGGAGGCAUCCCUUUGGGGCAGACUGGAAAGUGCAACGAUACUUCUUUCUCGGGGCGCAGAUCGAAAUUUGUAUGACAAGAAAAGUCAACGAGCUCUCGAUCUUACCCAUCCAACUCACCGAAACCGGAAAGAGAGGCACACGGUCGCAGGUGGGAUCUGGGGCGAUCCGUCCAAAGACCCCAUUUACAAGGAGGCUGUUCUCAACCGAGAUUCUGAUCGGCGUGAGAUUGCAAGGGUUCUCCGCGGGAGAGAAGUGCGUACGAGGGCCGAUUUGGAGUCACAAGAAUUUGAAACGACCUAUCACUCGUUCAGAAGAUCCCCCGAUGGUCAGUCAGUCACUCAUUAUGGUCCGAUUCGGCAGUACCCCAUAUCUAGCUCUGUCAAAACAGUUGCCGUCCUGGAAAGGGGCCGGGCUUUUCCUUCUAUAGCGGCGAUGAGUGGCUGGGGGCAUUCGGAAUGGCCUUCAACCAGGGUGAGUGGCAGAAAUUGGACUGCAAUAGUCCUAAAAUUAGCUGCUAUUGUUGGCCAUGCCUUGUCUGCCCAUGCUGCAAGAGACCAAGGAAUUCAAGGACAGUUCCAAGCAUCCCACGCCGAGAAGCAGUUGAUCGCCUAUUUCCUUGACCGGCAUGUUUUUCUACAGCAGGAUAAGACCCUAAACCCGCGAUUCGACGAAGAAAUCGAGAAUCAAGAAUCGGAGAUCUCGGAAAUGGCCUCCCGAUUUUCUAGCAUCCGUCAAAUGUAUCGCCUUCAAAAAGAUAGGAAGGAAGUGGUAUUUGAGCUAUGGAACAAAGACGAUAAAUUACUCGGGGAUGAAUAUGAUGAGGAAGUGGUGCAGGGCUUGAAAUCAAAAGUCGCAUCCCUUGAUGAGGAAAUUGCUGUCCUCGAACGUCGUCCCGAAACAAGGCAAAUGAGGGCUCGAGAGCGUCAGAUACGGCUGAUCGAACGUCAAAAAAGGCUUCAUGAGCGCCUUAACCGCAUGUCAGCAAAGGAGCCAGAAAGAACUUUGCGACGGGCAACUAUACUGAUAAGCGCACCUAUGCAUGAGGUUUGUGAGGACUGCUUGCUGUUUAAGAACAGGGUCAACCACUUCUUCGGUCUACAGAUUGAGUUGCGUGAGUGUACAACGUGA